GUCUUGACAACGGUCGUGUAAAAGCGGAGGAAAACCGCUCAGACCGAAAAGCCCGGACAGACAACAGCACAGACAACAAGCUGCUCCGUUAUUCGGUACAUCUCGUCGGCUGCGCGUCGUUAAUUCAGUUUUGAUGGGUUAACCCGAGAUAGAAAAACACAGCGAACAUCAGUCGAGACAGAUCAAACCGGGAAAGUUAAAAUGGAAUGACACAGCCCCCCCCCCCCUCCUCGAGUGGACCUUAACAUCUCGUGAUCCCUCACCUGUCGCAUCACCUGCUUGUUUUCGGGACAUUUUACUCUCUCUGAUGUCCACCUGUUACCGGCGGUUUCGGACCUGCAGACAGCCUCACCACGGAUCGUCACAUAGACCCAGUAAGUGAUCCGACUACUGAGAUGGCCCGUGCAGAGACCAUCGAGAGUGUCGGGGAAACCGGAGGAGGAGGAAACGGCCCUCUUCCUGGCCACAACACCUGCCGCAUGGAGCUGCCUCGCCCCUUCCACAGCUGGCCUGGCCUGCUCACCACUACCACCAUCACCACCGGCUCUGGGGCUGGCACCGGUGCCAUACACCUCCACCAUAACCACCACCACCAUCUGCACCCUUUGCAGUCUCUCUAUCUGUCGUAUCCGCUGCCUGACGAGACCCAGACUCACCAGCAGUUACCUGCGUUGCCGCCAUCACCAGCGCCUCCUCCAUCACCGCUCUGCAACCAGAGGGAAGUGAGGGGCGGGGGCGCAGAAACACCCAGUGCCUUCUCAGGAGAGGAAUCAGACUCGGACAGAGAGGAGCACCAGGAGACCUCCAGGCGGAGGGGCCCUCUUCCUGACCUGCUGCCCCAGAACGAGCACCCAUCCUGGGCUUCACCACACCACAGGGCCCCCAGGAGAGAGGCAGUGCAGGAGCUGCAGGUCAGGAGAGUGGCCAGCCAGCUGAGGGCCAUUGGAGAUGAAUUUAACGCCACAGUCCUCCACAGAGUGGUAAGUGCACAUUGCCCCCCACUGGCAGAACUGGAGAGACGCCUGCCGAGGACUCCUCAACUUCAUCACCCAAACUCUCAGCACUCUCUACCGGCUGACGUAGGUAGCUGUCUCACCUGCAACCACCGGUUACCGUGGCAACUUUUUUUUUUUUUUUUUUUUUUUAAACUUUCAGGACUUUGCCACUGGCAGUCAGACUGUGGUGCAUUUGAACCUGGAGGACUAACGCAGCCUGAAAUCAAAACAUUUUCUUGAACAAAGAGUCUAGGAUGAUGAGCUGGAGGUGUUGUUUCUACCUGGGGGACGGAUCAGGAUGCUGCCUGUGGAAACUGGACCCUGCCUGUCUGUCUGCAUGACGAUCGGUCCGUCAGUCAGUCAGUCUGCUGGUACGGACUGCAGCUGACGGACUGACGGUCACUUUUCUACCUGUAUAUUUUGUAAAAUUUAUUUGCUUUCACUGUCUUUGUCAAUGUCUCGGGGGUCAGCUUUUAUGUAGCAAGUGUGACUCAAAUGUGUGUGUGAGUCAGUGUGUGUGUGCACACAGCAGACCUGGGUCAAAAAAAAAAGUUUGUAUCCAUUGCGGUGAAUACAGACAUUUCAAAACUGGGAUUUUCACCACCACAGAGGACCCUGUUUGUAAAUGGCCAGGUUUUGAAGUGGAGGUCUUUAUCAUCUUUUGAAACUUUUUCAUUUAUCUUUCCACCAUUUUGCUGGAGGAUGUGUCAUUUUUGUCCAAACAGAUGAUGUCUCUCCAAUCCUUCUCUUUGAUUAUGUAAAGAUUUAUGGUUAUCCUCUUCCUCUGCUGUGGAAACCCCACCACUCUGACACCCUUUGGAUUUGGUUAAAACUGAUUUGGAGAAUCAUCACAUACAUGAGUUGACCCUCGUCUGAUGUGUGCGUUUUACAGUUGUGUCUUUAUUUUGCAUCCUAUGUCCCCAUUCUUAUAAACUGUGAAACUGGACGUCGUAGUUGCAUCGCAGGGAAAAGUCAGGUGUUGUUUCACUAUGGAGCGAAGCACAGAGUGAACCUCUCUCCCAAUCGGAAACUGCUUCAAUUCAUCAUAUGACGUGCCUUUCUGCUCAGCACUCUGUUGAGGCCUAAUCCUCCCACACCAGGACAAUCAGCCACACAGACACACACACACACACAUUCAAAGAAAUACAGACACACACUCUUUAAGUGCUUUGUUUGCAGUCACCAAAUUCAAGUGUCAUUUGCAUUACAUUCAAAUGUUCUAGCUUCAGCAUGGCCUGAGGUCAUUUCAGGACAGAAAUAGCUUAAUCCCCGCCAGAUGUGCACACACACACACACACACACAAACACAAACAUAUGCAGGGAAUUGCCACUGUACAUUCUUCCACACGAUUCAUACUGCCAGUGUUGGGAGCUGGGAGGGUUUCACUCGCCUGUGUCGACAGUGUUUAUAGUUACUAAAUUGUAUGUAAAUAUUCUUUCGGAAGAUGAAUCUAAGUAAUCUGAAGAAGUUUGAUUGACUUAAAAAGUACUUAUCAAUGCGAGAGUUCACUGUGUUUGUUGGGAGAUCUCUUUGUAUUUCUGAGCGGCCAUUGGCAACAGUAGAGCAAGUGUGAAUUUAAAUCCAGUGGAUUUGAGAUGGUUUUCCAUGAGUUAAAGAAAAAUAUAUGAUUUGGAUCUUUUGAUUGUUGAAAAGUAUUUGAUAUUUGUAAAAUGACCCCUUCAGUUGUGCGAUUAUUUUCACUGUAGUUUGGGAAAAAAAAAAGUUAUUUGCUCAUAUUUAGAGCAUAAUUUAUUUUGGAAAGUAGCCUAUGUGUAGCUUGGUUUUUGGUUCCUUGGACGUUUUUGGUUUUCUUUUUUAUGUAAUGUAUUAUUUAUUUUUUCUUACAUUCCUGAUCAAAACUAUGAAUUAAGCUGUACUUGAGUUGUAACUGUUAAAACAGAGAUUGAAUAAGAUGGCAGUUAAAGCUGUCAGUAUCCACACUGAAAGUCAAGAGAACCUUCAUUUCAAAUGUUAAAGGCUUAAGACAUUAUUAUUAAAAAAGACUGUCUCAAUCAUUUAAAACGGUACAUCGUUUUUUAGCACACACAAGUGUCAAUGUGUAAUCAGCAUUACAGGAUGAUACAAACCUCUCCAGAAACUGAAGGUGAUGUAUUGGCUUUCAGUGUGUAUGUCAGAUGACUUGGGGAAAGUACCAAAACUCUCCCCUUAUACUCUUUAAAGCACAAAGAAGCAAUCAGGCCUCACAGACUGUUAGCAAUACUAAAAAGUUUUUGUGUAACAGCUUAAACGGACUGAACUUAAAACUCAUUUCACUGAAAUUUCAACUGGGUAUUUCUGAUGUAAAUUUAAUUCCAGAACUGUGCUGGUCUGUGUGAAUUUGGACAGCAGUAGCACAACUGGUGCUACUCCUGCUAAAAAUAUACAUUUAUGUACUGUAAUGUACUUUGGAUUUUAAGUGCCCAGUUAAUAGAGUUUGACCUAUCACACUUAAAAUGCCUCAAAAACUCAACAGUCAGUAGAUUGGAGGCUUUGGCGAAUGUGUUUUGUCUGGUUUUAUUUUGCCAUAUUCAUUAUACCACUCUCACUUGGCCUUAGCUAUAAUGUUUUGUAUGUUUUUGGCACAGGGCCUUGUUUUUGAAACAUUUUGCAAGCCUUCAUGUAUAAAGUCAUAAUGAUAACACAGCCUGCAGAUGUUCAGCUCACAUGUGGCUAAGCGACAUACAAAGAACAAGCAAUGCUAGCACAGUAGACACUUGUUUACUGCUUGUGUAUUCAUAUUUGUAGAUCGGUUUGCUAGCUGUGUUUUUAGCCAUAUUUGCAGUCAUCACAUAGUAAUGCUAACAGGUUUGAUGAAAUAAUUAGAUACUCCACAAGUCCACCUGUAAGUACUGAAAUCAUCCAACCUGCAGGUGAUGGCCAUCCCAGCGCUGUGAGCACUUUGCAGUUGCUCUUCUCCUGGUUGUUUUUCUUGUGAGAGCGCACUCCCUAGUUCAGGGCUCGCCUCUCUCCUACCAACGAUGCUCAGUGUCAGUCACAUGCAGUGUGUAUUUGCUGUUUUUCAACUUUUUUCUAUUGUAAACUUUCUACAUGAAUUUUGUACUUUUUUUCUUUUUUAUAUAAUAAAGAUAAGGUGAACUAUA